GUGAAGUUGAUGUACCUCUGGUCAGCCAGAUUUCCAUAUCAUGAAGUUACAUGCCGAGUAGGACAUACUGUGGUAUUUCUGUGUUUACAACUUGCAUCGUUUGCGUUACUUUUGUACAUCAGAAUGCCCUUAUGUGAAUUUCAGGCUCCGUUUCAUGGGAAAAAUAAAAACCAAGACAAGCCACAUAAAAGCAACCUAAAAAUUAAACUGUCAUCAUAUUAUUUGUUUUAAAGCUAUGGAAUAAUAUAUCUGAGGAAGAUUUCUCUCAAAAUUGUUUUUCUGAAUUUCAAGUCAGAAGACAUGUCUUCACCUGCAUGGCAUCUUUCCUUACCUCUAUGUGCCAUAUGAUGGUUAUGGACAGCAGCCAGAAAGCUAUCUUUCUCAGAUGGCAUUCAGUAUCGACAGAGCACUUAAUGUGGCUUUAGGCAAUCCAUCUUCCACUGCUCAGCAUGUGUUCAAAGUGUCAUUAGUAUCAGGAAUGCCUUUUUAUGGUUAUCAUGAGAAGGAAAGACACUUUAUGAAGAUCUAUCUUUACAAUCCUGCAAUGGUGAAAAGGAUAUGUGAACUUUUGCAAAGUGGAGCCAUAAUGAAUAAAUUUUACCAGCCUCAUGAAGCACAUAUUCCCUACCUCCUACAGCUGUUCAUUGACUACAAUCUUUAUGGAAUGAAUUUGAUAAAUCUGGCUGCUGUCAAGUUCCGAAAAGCAAGAAGGAAAAGUGGGACAUUGCUUGCUUCUGGGUCAUGCAAGGAACGGUUAUCAGGAAAUUCCCUUGCUGGUACUUUAUUUCGGUGGAAAGAAGAUGAAAUACCAAGCUCUUUAAUACUGGAAGGUGUUGAUCCCCAGAGUACAUGUGAACUGGAAGUGGAUGCUGUAGCUGCUGACAUCUUAAACCGGCUGGACAUUGAAGCUCAAAUUGGUGGAAACCCGGGUUUACAGGCCAUAUGGGAGGAUGAAAAGCAGCGUCGAAGAAACAGAAAUGAAGCUUCUCAAAUUAGCCAACCUGAAUCACAAGAUUGCAGGUUUGUGCCAGCAUCAGAAAAUGAAAAAAAAUUUCAGAAGAGACUUCAGGAAAUCCUCAAACAGAAUGAUUUCUCAGUAACAUUGUCAGGAUCUGUGGACUACAGUGAUGGAUCCCAGGAAUUCUCCCCUGAGUUAACAUUGCACUCAGAGGUUCUAUCUCCUGAAAUGCUUCAUUGUACACCAGCCAAUAUGAUAGACAUCCAUAAAGACACAGAGUCGAGCAAGGGUCACACUAGACACAAAGUGGAAGAAGCUCUUAUUAAUGAAGAAGCAAUUUUGAAUCUCAUUGAACAUAGUCAGACUUUUCAGCCAUUGACCCAAAGACUGAAUGAAUCACCAGUUUUCAUGGGCAGUAGUCCUGAUGAAUCAUUGGUACAUCUUCUUGCUGGUUUGGAAAGUGAUGGAUAUCAGGCAGAGAGAAAUGCAAUGUCAUCUCCAUGUUGCUCCUUUGGAAACAAUAAAAACCUCCAAAAUAGUGAUGAUGAAGAAAAUGAGCCACAGAUUGAAAAAGAAGAAAUGGAGCUUAGUUUGGUGAUGUCCCAGAGAUGGGACAGCAAUAUUGAAGAACAUUGUGCCAAAAAGAGAUCGCUGUGCAGAAAUGCCCACAAAAGUUCAACUGAAGACGACGAUUCCUCUUCUGAAGAAGAAAUGGAAUGGAGUGAUAACAGCGUGCUUCUGGCCGGUCUUUCUAUACCUCAGCUAGAUGGAACUGCAGAUGAAAACAGUGACAAUCCGUUGAACAAUGAAAAUUCUAGAACCCACUCUUCUGUGAUUGCAACAAGCAAGCUAUCAAUAAAGCCCUCCAUCUUUCACAAAGAUGCUGCUACAUUAGAGCCUCCAUCUUCUGCUAAGAUUACCUUUCAGUGUAAACACACAAGUGCUCUUUCUUCUCAUGUUUUGAACAAGGAAGACUUAAUUGAAGACCUUUCGCAGCCAAACAGCACAGAAAAGGUUCUAGAUAGUUCAGUCACUUCUUUUGCAAAUGAAAGCACUUACUCUAUGAAAUACCCUGGAUCUUUAAGCAGUAUCCAUUCAGAAAAUUCUCAUAAAGAGAAUAAGAAAGAUGUUCUCCCAGUAUCUUCCUGUGAAAGUAGUAUUUUUGAUUAUGAAGAGGAUAUUCCGUCUGUUACAAGACAAGCACCAAGUAGAAAGUAUACAAACAUUAGAAAGAUUGAAAAGGACACACCUUUUAUGCAUAUGAAUCGUCACACUAGUGAGAAUUCAUUGGGAAAAAACUCCUUCAGCUUUUCUGACUUAAAUCAUUCAAAAAGUAAACUACCUGAAGGAAAUGAAAAGGGAAACAACACAGCUCUGAAUAAUUUAUUCCCUUCAUCAUUAACGGAAAAUUGUGAACUGCUGUCAUGUUCAGGAGAGAACAGGAAUAUAGUUCAGUCUCUUGAUAGUAUUGCUGAUGAAAGUGGACUGAAUAAACUUAAAAUCAGAUAUGAAGAAUUUCAAGAACAUAAAACAGAAAAACCAACUCUCAGCCAGCAAGCGGCACAUUAUAUGUUUUUCCCUAGUGUUGUUCUUUCUAAUUGUCUCACUAGGCCACAGAAGCUGUCUCCUGUCACUUACAAACUACAACCUGGCAAUAAACCAUCUCGAUUAAAACUGAAUAAAAAGAAACUUACAGCUCAUCAGAAUUCUACCAAAGGUAAUGAGACUGGAGCCUCAAAAGAUAAUUGUAUACAAAGCAGUAUACAAAAUAGUCAUUAUCCUGAGAAGGACAAUCUGUUGGCCAGUGAUUUCAUUAAAGCCACUCGUGGAGUUUUUGAAAAUAAAACACCUGCAGAUGGUUUUGUAGACUGUCAUUUUGGAGAUGGAACCUUAGAAACUGAGCAAUCCUUUGGACUGUAUGGAAAUAAAUACACACUUAGAGCCAAACGAAAAGUAAAUUAUGAAGCUGAAGAUAGUGAGUCAAGUUUUACAACACAAAACUCCAAAAUUAGCCUACCUCAUCCCGUGGAAAUGCGAGAAAGUUUAGAUGGAGCUCUCAAAUCUCGAAAACGAAGAAAAAUGUCUAAAAAGCUUCCCCCUGUCAUCAUAAAGUAUAUUAUCAUUAAUAGAUUUAGAGGGAGGAAAAAUAUGCUUGUGAAGCUAGGGAAAAUUGAUUCUAAAGAAAAGCAGGUCAUUUUAACAGAAGAAAAAAUGGAACUAUAUAAAAAACUUGCACCUUUGAAGGAUUUUUGGCCAAAAGUUCCUGACUCCCCUGCAACCAAAUACCCCAUUUAUCCACUAACACCAAAGAAAAGUCAUAGAAGAAAGUCAAAACAUAAGUCUGCUAAGAAGAAAAAUAGUAAACAACAAAGGACAAACAGUGAAAAUAUUAAAAGAACUUUGUCUUUCAGGAAGAAACGAUCACAUGCUAUUCUGUCUCCUCCCUCUCCAUCUUACCAUGCUGAAACUGAGGACUGUGACUUGAACUAUAGCGAUGUUAUGUCUAAACUAGGUUUUCUUUCUGAGAGAAGCACAAGUCCCAUAAAUUCUUCUCCACCUCGCUGCUGGUCUCCCACAGAUCCAAGAGCUGAAGAAAUCAUGGCUGCUGCAGAAAAAGAAGCAAUGCUUUUUAAGGGCCCUAAUAUAUACAAUAAUAAGACAGUUCAUUCUCGAAUAGGAAAAAAUAGUCGAGCAAGGGCACAGGUUAAGAAAUCAAAAGCAAAGUUUGUUAAUCCCUCUGUAGUUACUAAGAAAAGGAAUAAACGAAAUCAGACAAGCAAACUAGUAGAUAAUGGAAAAAAGAAACCAAGAGCAAGACAGAAACAAAAAACUAGUGAGAAAAGUACACCAAAAAAACACACAGCACUUAAGGAUGAGAAAGUAAAAUCGGAGUCUGGUGCUGAUAUUAAGUUUGUGCUGAAACAUCAGAAUGCAGCUGAGCUCACAAAUAAUCCUGGAGGCUCUCAACUGCUUUUUAAACAGAAAGAUGUGUCAUCAACAGGCUGUGCUAUAGAGAAUCCUCUUUCUGCUCCCCUACCCACUGGAAUUAACACACAACAAAAGUUUCCUGGCUGCUUUUCUUCUUUUUUAGAAAGCAAGAAGGCUGUAGAUACGCAAGCAUUCUCCAGUUCACGAGAUGAUCUGCAUUCGUCAGUUGUCUGUAGUUCUGUAGGAUCUGGAAUCUCAAGAGUUAAUGCUCAGAGGUCUCUUAAUCAGAGUGCUAUGUUUACUCUAAAGGAAUCAACUUUGAUUCAAAAAAAUAUAUUUGACCUUUCCAAUCAUUUGUCUCAGGUAGCGCAGAAUACACAAGUAUCUUCAGGUAUGAUGUCUCCAAAGACAGAAGAGAAUGCAAAUAUACAAAAAAAUUAUCUGUCACCUAUUGGAAAGUUAAGUGAAUAUCGCAAUUCCCUAGAAUCAAAGCUGGAUCAAGGGUGUUCCCCUAUUUUUUCCCAUUGCAAAGACAGUCAGCAGCAGAUUGUGUGCAUGGCAGAACAAUCAAAGCACAGUGAAACUUGUACUCUGGGAAAUGCAACUUCAGAAGAAAGCCAAAUGCCUAAGAACUGCUUUGUAACUGCGUUGAGAAGUCCAAUCAAACAAAUAGCAUGGGAGCAGAAACAAAGAGGUUUUAUUUUAGGUAUGUCAAAUUUUAAGGCUGAAAGAGUAAAACAGAGGUCAUUGUCAGAUGCAAUUUCACAAACCAAAGCACUUUCUCGGUCCAAAAAUCAAAAUGUGUCAGCAUCUUCAGCAUUUGGUGAAGGACAGUCUGGACUGGCAGUUCUGAAAGAACUGUUACAAAAGAGACAGCAGAAAGCACAAAAUUCAAAUAUGCAAGAUCCAUUGUCUAAUAGACAGCAACCAAACAAAAAUAUUUCUAGUUCCUUAGAACACAACAAAGCAAAUAAACAGACCCGAGCAGUAACAUCUCCAAGAAAACCCCGAACUCCCAGAAGUACAAAACCUAAAGAGAAAACUUCCAAACUUCCAAGAGUAGAUUCUUUAAACUUGCAGAACUCCAGCCAGGUGGAUAACUCCCUCUCAGAUGAUAGUCCUGUCAUUUUUUCAGAUCCAGGUUUUGAGAGUUGUUAUUCACUUGAAGAUAGUUUGUCUCCUGAACAUAAUUAUAAUUUUGAUAUUAAUACAAUUGGUCAGGCAGGAUUUUGUAGCUUUUAUUCUGGAAGUCAGUUUGUCCCAGCUGAUCAAAAUUUGCCUCAGAAAUUCCUAAGUGAUGCUGUCCUGGAUCUUUUUCCUGGGCAGACUAUAGAAAAAAAUGAGUUUUUGAGUCACGAUAAUCAGAAAUGUGAUGAAAACAAGCGUCAGUCAGAUUCAGCCUCCUGGAUUAGGUCUAGCACUUUAAGUCCUGAACUUUUUGAGAAAUCAUCCAUGGAUAGCAAUGAAAAUCUUCGCCACAGCCAGUGGAAAAAUAGCUUUCACCCUCUGACAACUCGGUCCAAUUCCAUAAUAGAUUCUUUCUGUGUCCAGCAAGCAGAGGAUUGUCUCAAUGAAAAGUCCAGAUUGAAUAGAAGUUCCAUAAGCAAAGAAGUGUUUCUUAGCCUCCCACAGCCAAGUAAUUCAGACUGGGUUCAAGGUCAUACCAGAAAAGAAAUGGAACAAUCUGUUGACUCAGUUAAUGCCUCUCUUGCAACUAUUCUCUCCUCCCCCGAUGCUGAACUUGUGGAUGCGGCCUCUGAAGAUUUAGAAUUGUAUGUUUCAAGAAACACUAUGUUGACACCAACUCCUGAUAGUUCACCAAGGUCUACCAGCUCUCCUUUACAAUCUAAAAAUGGCAGUUUCACCCCUCGAACUGCUCACAUUCUGAAACCACUCAUGUCCCCUCCAAGUAGGGAAGAAAUUGUGGCAACAUUGUUGGAUCAUGACCUUUCAGAAACUGUUUACCAGGAGCCAUUCUGCAGUAAUCCUUCUGAUGUACCGGAAAAACCCAAGGAGAUUGGUGGACGGAUCCUCACGGUAGAAACCAGACUUCCAAACGACCUGGCGGAGUUUGAAGGAGACUUUUCCUUAGAAGGACUUCGUCUGUGGAAAACAGCGUUCUCAGCAAUGACUCAGAAUCCAAGACCAGCAUCACCCCUUCGUAAUGGCCAAGCAGUUAUCAAUAAAGGAUCAAGUAAUAGCCAUAAUAUGGUUGAAGACAAAAAAAUUGUGAUUAUGCCUUGCAAAUGUGCCCCAAGUCGACACCUGGUUCAAGCAUGGCUUCAAGCCAAAGAAGAAUGCGACCGUUUUAAGAAACUGCCUAAAACUGAGCCAACUGGAGGUACAAAAUCUGAGCACCUUCACUCUUCAGUUAACCCAGAUGACACACCUGUAGUGCCUCCAAAGACAGAUGUAAGUCCACAUAUACUUGCCACUACAGCACAUACCAAGGAAAGUAUUGAUACUCCUCAGAGUGCUUCACAUGUGUCAAAUACAGGAUGCUGUCCGACUGUGAGUGGCAGGAAGAUUCCGCCACCAGUUGCCUCUGCAGAUGAUACGGAGGAAGAUGAAGAUGAUGAUAACCACUGUAUUAAUUAUAGUUCCCCUGAGUCUCCUGAAAUUACUCCUUGGCAGCAGGCAGCAUCCCCAGAUUCCAGAGCGUUAAACAGAGAGGAUAGAACCUCAUCACCAGUGGAGGAGCGACGUUCUCUGGCUGCAGAAAACUUCUUACAGCCAAUAAAAGAUGACCUACAGAGCAGCCCCUGCAGGGAGCCUCCAGAGCCUCCAGCAAUAUCUCCAAUUAAUAUUAGGGCAAGAACUGGGAAAUACGAAUCACUUUGUCUCCACAGUACACCAGUCAUGCCAAGAAAAGUCAUGGAAAGACUUCCUGAAGCAGCUGACCUUAGCCCUUUAUCAAGAGAACCAAAAACCCAGAAGUUGAAUAGUAAGAAAGGAAGUAAUACUGACACUCUUAGAAGAGUACUUUUAACAACACAAGCAAAGAACCAAUUUGCAACAGUAAAUACCCCAAAGAAAGACACUUCUCAGAUUGAUGGACCAUCUUUAAACAAUACUUACGGUUUCAAAGUCAGCCUGCAAAACUUACAGGAGGCAAAAGCUUUACAUGAGAUACAAAAUCUUACCCUAAUCAGUGUAGAACUACAUGCUCGAACUAGACGAGACCUAGAGCCAGAUCCUGAAUUUGACCCAAUCUGUGCCCUUUUCUACUGCAUCUCAUCUGAUACACCACUCCCAGACACAGGAAAUACAGAACUCACUGGUGUCAUAGUGAUUGAUAAAGACAAGACAGCCUUGGAUCAAGAUAUCAGAUAUCAGACACCAUUACUUAUCAGAUCUGGAAUUACAGGACUAGAAGUUACCUAUGCUGCUGAUGAGAAGGCACUUUUUCAAGAAAUUGCAAGUAUAAUAAAGAGGUAUGAUCCUGAUAUUCUGCUGGGAUAUGAAAUUCAGAUGCAUUCCUGGGGCUACCUCCUACAAAGAGCUGCUGCUUUAAGUGUGGACUUAUGUCAGAUGAUCUCUCGUGUACCGGAUGACAAGAUCGAGAACAGAUUUGCAUCUGAAAGAGAUGAGUAUGGAUCAGAUACAAUGAGUGAGAUAAAUAUUGUUGGCCGAAUUACACUAAAUCUUUGGAGAAUCAUGAGAAAUGAGGUGGCCCUGACUAACUACACCUUUGAAAAUGUCAGCUUUCACAUUCUUCAUCAGCGUUUCCCCCUGUUUACCUUUCGAAUGUUGUCAGAUUGGUUUGAUAACAAGACUGAUCUACACAGAUGGAAAAUGGUUGACCAUUAUGUUAGCCGUGUCCGUGGAAAUCUCCGAAUGUUAGAACAGCUGGAUGUGAUUGGGAAAACCAGUGAAAUGGCUAGACUUUUUGGCAUUCAGUUUUUACAUGUACUGACAAGGGGUUCACAGUACCGUGUGGAAUCUAUGAUGCUGCGUAUUGCCAAACCAAUGAACUAUAUUCCUGUGACACCUAGUGUUCAACAAAGAUCUCAAAUGAGAGCCCCACAGUGUCUUCCCCUAAUUAUGGAACCUGAAUCCCGUUUCUAUAGCAACUCUGUCCUCGUUUUGGAUUUCCAGUCAUUAUAUCCUUCUAUUGUGAUUGCAUAUAACUACUGUUUUUCCACCUGCCUUGGUCACGUGGAGAACUUAGGAAAGUAUGAUGAGUUCAAGUUUGGCUGUACUUCUCUGAGAGUACCUCCAGAUUUACUUUAUCAGAUUAGGCACGAUAUCACAGUGUCACCCAAUGGCGUAGCUUUUGUCAAGCCUUCAGUAAGAAAGGGUGUGCUACCAAGAAUGCUUGAAGAAAUUUUGAAGACUAGACUUAUGGUGAAACAAUCAAUGAAGGCUUACAAACAAGACAGAGCCCUGUCACGGAUGCUGAAUGCGCGUCAGCUAGGACUGAAGCUCAUAGCAAAUGUCACAUAUGGCUAUACAUCAGCUAACUUCUCUGGGAGAAUGCCAUGCAUUGAGGUUGGCGAUAGCAUUGUUCACAAAGCCAGAGAGACCCUGGAACGAGCUAUUAAACUGGUGAAUGACACCAAGAAAUGGGGUGCUAGGGUUGUAUAUGGAGACACUGACAGCAUGUUUGUGCUACUGAAAGGAGCCACUAAGGAGCAGUCUUUUAAGAUUGGUCAAGAAAUUGCUGAAGCUGUAACUUCGACCAACCCUAAACCAGUGAAACUGAAGUUUGAAAAGGUGUAUUUGCCCUGUGUUUUGCAAACAAAAAAGAGAUAUGUGGGUUACAUGUAUGAAACACUGGAUCAAAAGGACCCAGUAUUUGAUGCAAAAGGAAUAGAAACUGUUAGAAGAGAUUCCUGCCCUGCUGUUUCUAAGAUGCUUGAACGUUCUCUGAAGCUGCUGUUUGAAACAAGAGAUAUUAGUCUAAUUAAACAGUAUGUUCAGCGACAAUGUAUGAAACUUCUAGAAGGAAAGGCCAGCAUACAAGACUUUAUUUUUGCCAAGGAAUACAGAGGAAGUUUUUCUUACAGACCUGGAGCUUGUGUGCCAGCCCUGGAACUUACAAGAAAAAUGCUCACCUAUGACCGGCGCUCAGAGCCUCGAGUUGGGGAGAGAGUGCCGUAUGUCAUCAUUUAUGGGAGCCCUGGAGUCCCACUGAUCCAGCUGGUGAGGCGACCCGUGGAAGUUCUGCAGGACCCAAGUCUAAGGCUGAAUGCAACUUACUAUAUCACUAAGCAAAUCCUCCCACCUCUGGCAAGAAUCUUCUCGCUUAUUGGUAUUGACGUCUUCAGCUGGUAUCAUGAACUACCAAGGAUCCACAAAGCCGCAAGCUCCUCUCGCAGUGAACUGGAAGGGCGGAAAGGCACUAUUUCACAGUAUUUCACCACUUUACACUGCCCUGUGUGUGAUGACCUGACUCAGCACGGCAUCUGUGAUAAAUGUCGGAGCCAACCUCAGCAUGUUGCCAUCAUUCUCAACCAAGAAAUCCGAGAAUUGGAGCGCAAACAGGAGCAGCUCGUAAAGAUAUGCAAGAACUGUACUGGUUGCUUUGACCGACAUAUUCCAUGUGUUUCUAUGAACUGCCCAGUACUUUUCAAACUCUCCCGAGUAAACAGAGAAUUGUCCAAGGCACCCUAUCUCCGGCAGUUGCUAGACCAGUUUUGACUUCUCAGUUUCACAGAACUCCAGGUGCUAUUUUUCAGUGUUUACCACUAAACUGUUGUGCAUGGUGCUUUUCAGCUUUCAUCAAGUCAAGGCUAUCAUUGUCUGUCUGUUCCCCAAGAACCAUGAAGACUUUGAUGCUGAGUUGGAAACUGUACUUGUUGAUGUCCGAAUUACUCACCUCUUACAGUGUACAAAUUCCUCAUUCUGUCACCUUUGUAACAUUGUCUUCUAAUGCAGGUGUUGGAUUUGCUCCAGUAUGUGUAACAUCCUGUAGAUCCAUUUGAGUAGAUCACGUUUACUUCCCUGUGGAAGGAGCACUGAAAACCUCUUAAAGAAAAACCAUUUGUGUGUUUUCCUUGAACUGUCUGUAUCAAGACGUGUUAGAAACACCCAUUCACUUUAUAAUUUUGACUGCGAAAUAUUUUGUAAAUACACUUUUUUACUUUUCAAACAACUGAGUACAAUAACGUGCAAUGGAUUUUAUACAAAUAAUGAUUUUCAAGUCGUUUGGUAUAUCUCCUCUAGGUUUUGCUUGACUCAAAGUAGAUUCGUUAUUUUGAUCAAACUGUGCAAACAAUAGUACCAUGUUAGCAUUUUGAAACAUUAUUUUCUAAAAACCGCUGUCUUGCUUUAGCUAUUAAUGGGGCAUUGUGAGGAACUGUGCAAAAAAAAAAUUUUGUUACAAACCUGUGGGCCUGUUGCAAUACUUUAAAAAUGAAAAAUUUUAUUCCAUUUUUGCUUGUUUUGUAUAGACAUUUCUAUUGCUUCUAAAUAUGCUUAAAAUAUUCUUUCCUUAUGUACUGUACAGUUAAUCUUAUUUGCCAUCAUCUUGAACACAAAAUGUGUAUUUAGAAAUAUUUGUAUAACUGUAUAAAAUGAAAAAGGAAUUAUGUGGUCAGUGCAUUGUUUUUUAAACUGGAAAUCAUUUUGUUUUAAAAGUUAAUAAUGGAAACCAUAUUAAAAUUGAAUAAAAUAUGAAAC